AAUGACUCUCUGGACCAAAAACACCUUCUCUCAGAGCAGACACAAACACAGAGAAGUUAAGUCAGACAUCAUGGAUUUAACUGAACCGGUUUUAAUUUGUCUUGGUGCGGCAGUUGCCGUCUACUAUGGAGUGAAACUGCUGCUUUUCAAUAGGAUACUUUUUCCAAAAGUGUGGUUUCCGCUGGCAAAGACAUUCCUCACAUCCACGGGAGAGUGGGCAGUGGUGACCGGUGCUUCAGAGGGCAUAGGCAGAGCAUAUGCAUUUGCGCUGGCUGAGCAAGGGAUGAGUGUGGUUAUCAUGAGUAGAACCAAAGUGAGACUGGACCAAGUUGCCAAGGAAAUAGGUGAUAAAACAGGGCAGAAGGUGAAAGUGAUAGUGGCAGACUUCACAAAGGAGAAUGUCUUCAGUGAAAUCGAGGAUCAGCUCAGGGACCUCGACAUUGGGGUUUUAGUCAAUAACGUGGGCAUGCUGCCCAGCUACGUUCCCAGCAGGUUCCUCGAGUGUGCAGAGCUGGAGAAGACAAUUACAAAGGUGAUAAACUGCAAUGUGAAGACUUUGGCCAAGAUGUGCAAAAUAAUCCUUCCGGGCAUGGAGAACAGGGGGAGAGGGGUGAUCGUGAAUGUUUCGUCUGGAGUUGCCUGUAUUCCAUUUCCCCUGUACACUCUAUAUUCUGCCUCCAAGGUGUUUGUGGAAAGAUUUUCUCAAGGUCUUCAUGCCGAAUACAGAGAUAAAGGGAUUAUUAUACAGACAGUCGCCCCAUUUGGCGUCUCCACUCGCAUGGCCGCUUACCAGCAAACCAAUAUCGUGACUUUGUCACCAGAAGACUUUGUGAAGAGCUCCCUGCAGUACCUCAGAGCUGGAGACAAGACACACGGCAGCGUCUGUCACGCAAUCAUGGGAUGGUUACUGCAGUCUAUUCCUCUGAAGAUCCUCCAUGCAGAGUCUAUGUUACACAACCUACGAGACUACGUCAAGAAGAAAACCGCACUUGCAGCGUCCAUCGUUGCGAGUCCAAGUGCAACUUUUGAGAAUGGUAGAAAGAAAUAAACAGGAAAUUUAGUUGCAAUUUGGCAAGUAAAUGAUAAAUAAAUAGAAUAUAUAUGUUGUAACUUCUUAGAGUAGUUUUGUUAUUAUCAUUAGCGAUGCUAGGAGCCAUUGUAACAUUGUAGAUAGAUCCAGGGGCGUUGCAUACAUCUAAUCUUAACCCAAAAAUAGUUUAUUGAAUACCAGGAAGAGACCAUGGUCCGUGCAUGUAGUCAAUUCAGUGCUAGCAAUAUCUAGUUUGUCAGUAAAUCAGUUAAGGAGUUGCUUUGGUUCGAUGUUGGGACUCCCAGGUGCCUGGAGCCCCUAAAGUCCCUUGAAACAUCUCUGGCUAAACGUCUCCCAGAAGAUUCUCGACACGCUCCGGUGUAAGCGGCUGUUUGGUGACAGGGAUCACGUCAGAUAUUAACCCUCGACAAUAGAAAGUAGGUGCACGUUAAAAGUCAAAGCAAAUACCGACCUGGUCUGUGUCUUGAGAUUCCACUAACGCUAUAAUCUGGGUUUCCGUGAAGCUCACUCAAUUUUAUCAAUUAUUCUUUGACACGUUUUUUUUUUAUUUACUACUUUAUUUGCUUGUUAAAAUAUUAUUUCAUGACAAGUAUUGUCUAAAUUUCAGGACACAUUAUAAGUAAUGCACCCCAGGAUCUUGAUGUUGAUGUUUGAUGAUGUAUUUUUUUUAUUCUUAAUGUACAGGGAGUUUAAAACCUGUUUAUAUGAAACAUAAUUUAUUCUUAUUAUGGAGUAUCAUGUCGCCAAGGAAGUGAUGAUUUGUACAUUUCCCUCAAUUUUAUUCUGAUUAUUUCCUUGUUUUGCCAGUUUUACACGUGUGUGUGAGUGAACUAUUAUAUACUGUAUAUCAUUUCUCGCCUAUAUUUGUGUGUGUUUCCUUUCACAUGCUGUCUGUCAGUGUAAAUGUAAAAUGAGUACCAUAGGAAAUAUGAGUUCCACUGUAACUGCAAGCUGCUGAUGAAUUAAUGGUGCACGCGUUAUCCAUUUUCCAGUAUAGACAAAAUCACCAAACACCUCCAAAUCAUAUUCUGAUGUACUACAUGUGUAAAUAAGCAUGUACACCUAAUACAUGAGAUCAUGAUUUAACACUGCAUUUACAAUAACAUUAAUAUUAAUUCAGGUGUUUAAAUGAAAAUACUGUUCUUGGAUGAAUGGGAUUAAUCACAAUGUGCGUGUGCCCAGCUCCCUGCAGUCAUGAAUCUUGCAGAAGAGAAUGAGUAUUAAUGAGUCUGGAGCCUGAUCCUCGGUUGUAAGGCACGCUCACACAGAAACACACCUGCUAAUGCCAUUAACAGCCACUCUUGCCCCUGUGAGAUGGAGGAAA